AGUGCCGCUGAGAUACAGACAGCAGCGAGUCACCAGCAGCUCUCGGAGCCAGGUUAGGAUCACUGAGCACGGGGGAUGGAGACCAGGAAAUAACUCGGGAAACCUGGGAAAGUCUGACACCGAAGAUGCUACGAAACUGCACCAAGACCCUCGGUCUUGCACUUCUCCUCGUGCUGGUCGCUGCUGACAGUGACCAGAUGUGCCGUCACCUGCAGGAGCUCCACAAUAAGCUACAGUUUAAGCAACGGGUCAGGUACAUGAAGUACUACAUCCCAUUGAACUAUACAUUCAAAGUUCAUUAUGAAGAAAUUUAUAGAAUAAAGAAUACGACUCGCUUGCAAAAGCAAAGUUUUACUGAGGUGGAUCUGAAGAUCCUGUGGGUUUAUAUCAAUUCCCAAGUCUUUAAGUCAAUCCUUCAAAUUCUUCCAAGGAAACACCCUUCCAGAAGAUAUGUGAGAAGCAUAUCCAAGCUAUUUGACUACCUGAGAAUGGAGGUGCGAUUCAUGGUCAUGGACCUUGAUGAACGUGUUGAGGACAUUAUUGAUGCAGUCCAAGGCAAGGAUCCAGAGAGCAGGAGGAAGGACAUCAAGCCCAAGGCUCUGCUCGAUAACUGUUACCAGGUCAUGAUAGUCCUGUUUAACUGCUGGAAUACCUGACGAGGAGAUUCCCUGCUCACUACCUCUCCACACCUGUCUCUGUGUGCCACAACCAGCCCAGCUCGACUACUCUUCUGCUCUUGCCCAGGAGUCAUCUCAUUCCCCUCCCCACCCAGGGCCAGUCAUCAGUGUGUGUGGUUGGAACAUGUGAAAAGUGACAUGGACGUUGGUUAUCCAAGCAUGUCUACACUGUUCUCACCUUUGGCUUGUGUUUGUUCACCAGGGUAUGAUACCUGUCCACCUCCAGGCUGCACCCACUUGCUGCCAGCUAAAGGAGUGCCGGAUGUGGAUGUGAUGCACUGGGAAGGAGGAAGGUGUGAUGGGGCUCACGGCUGCGGAAUUGGACCCUCACCCAUAGUCCCCUUAUCACAAUCCAGAACCCCCUUUCCCCAACCCAUCCUCCUAAUUACAAGACAUGCAUGUAAGGAUGUGAUGGGAUCUUGCUGUGAUUUCCCCUGCCUUCCCCCACCCUCCCCUAAUGGUUAAAGAACAGCCACUUGGACAAUGUAUUUAAAGGACCUUUACUCCCAGGGGAAACUUGCGUCAAUGGGAGUCUCAGAGGUCAGAAGCUGAUGGACAGUCUCUGGGAAAGCAGAGAAAGAUGCAGACCCCAGCUCGCUUCUCUGCUCAUUGUCUAACCCCGACACUGGAAAGGGCUCCGAGACAUUACCCUGCAUGAAGGACGCUGUCUAAGUUCAAGUUGUUGUUGUAAACGGGUCAGUCACAGUGAGUUGGAGCAAUCACUUGAUAGUACUCACUGAUGGUUCCCAAUGUAUGUAUUGUGUCUCAUGCUCAAGUUAAAUCCCAACAAACAAAGCGAUGAAUGUAAUUCCCAUGUCACUGCAGCUAUUGAGGCCUUUUUGUAAAGAGAAGGGCAUUUCUCCUAGUGACUUUGCCAACAACCACCCCCUUCCUAAGGUAGAUGACCAUCUAUGGCAAGCUUUCCUCCUGUUUGUCCAGCUAGGACCGCCUUAUCCAUUAGAUCUUUGGCUUGCAGACUCCCUGGCCCCCAGUGACUGGUCUGCCCUUCCA